UGAAAUUUGUUUUAUAAGGGUAUAAACUGAAUAGAAAUUUUGAUGAGAGUAUGAUUAAGACUAUUCUAAUUUUGCACCCCUACUGGGGUAGUUUUUGAGUUCGCUACCAGUUCUCUUGUCCAGCCAUGGUGCAUUGCAGGGUAGAUAUUUUGAUGGGGAGCUCCAUGGAUGACACCUUGCCCAGCAUUGGUGCAGGAUGGACUCCAAAACAGGCAGCAUUUGCAAAGCAGCUGAAGCACUGAAACAGCAUGGUAUUUGGCUGAUUAGUUUUGAACUUUUGGCGCUAUCAGAUAUGCUGACAAGAGAUGGUAUCUUGUCACGGCAGGCAAUACCAUCACAUAUCAAUUUUACUUCAUUCAAGUUAACUACUUGAAAGAAGAGUACCCUAAGGAAAAUAAACUUUGGGAAAACGCUGUCGUUUAGCUCGAUUAUUGUUUGAUAAGUUUGUAGACAUCCGAGGCUCGGCGACCACAUUACUUUGGCCCCCGUAAGAAAAAAACAAUGGCGUCUCUGGCGUCCCUUCAAAACACGGGUAAUUCCAUUAGCUUCUCUUCCCACUUAAAAUCUUCGAUCAAUGCCAAGCACUCUCUCGCUUUCAACGAGAAAAUCAAGGUCUGUUUUUCUCAAAACCCCAACAAACUCAAGCCUUCAUGCACCUACGCGGCAUCCAAUAACACUGAUAGCAACAGCUCUACCAGGACUUACCGCCGCCGAAGUGUCACAACUCACCGCCAAACCAGGAAUAAUCGGCCCAGCCUUCGUAAAUUCAACACUGAAAACCAAAACGAAAACCACCCAUCUCCUGAAAAUCCAACAUUUGAAAGUAUUACCGUGGAUUUGAUGAAGUUAUGCAAAGAAGGCAAGGUGAAGGAAGCUUUAGAUUAUAUGGGUCAAGGUGUUUUAGCGGAUUAUAAUGUUUUCGGGGCGUUAUUGGAUGUUUGCGGGAAUAUGAAUUCGCUAGAAUUAGCCAGAAGAGUUAAUGAAUUCUUCAGAAGAUCAAAGUUUUCUGGUGAUAUCGAAUUGAACAACAAAUUGAUAUGUAUUUAUGGGAAAUGCGCUAGUAUAAGCGAUGCUCGCAGGGUGUUUGAUAAAAUGCGUGAGCGAAAUAUGGCUUCUUGGAAUUUGAUGAUAAAUGACUAUGCGGUGAAUGGGAAAGGAGAUGAUGGAUUGUUGUUGUUUGAGGAUAUGAGAAAAGAUGGGUUUCAGCCGGAUAGCGAAACUUUUCUGGCGGUUCUAUCGGCUUGUGCCUGUGUGGCGGCUGUGGAGGAAGGAAUAAUGUAUUUUGAAUUGAUGAAGAAUGAAUACAGGAUUGCUCCGGGAGUUGAACAUUAUCUAGGAGUGAUUGAUGUUUUCGGGAGAGCUGGGUAUUUGAACGAGGCUGUGGAGUUUAUUGAGAAUAUGCCCGUUGAGCCAACGGUGGAGAUUUGGGAGGCAAUCAGGGGUUUUGCACGAAUUCAUGGAGAUAUUGACCUUGAGGAUCAUGUUGAGGAGUUGUUGCUUGGAUUUGAUCCUCCUAUGAGAAGUGAGAAUGAACACCGAGCACCACCAAGGAAGAAGCAUUCUGUGAUUAACAUGAUUGAGGAGAAGAAUAGGGUGAUUCAGUAUCGGUGUAUGAACCCUUUCCAGGGAGAAGUAAAUGAGAAGUUGAAAGGUUUGAAUGGGCAGAUGAGGGAAGCAGGGUAUGUACCUGAUACAAGGUAUGUGCUUCAUGACAUUGAUCAGAAGGCAAAAGAGCAGGCCUUGCAAUACCAUAGUGAGCGUUUGGCAAUUGCUUAUGGUCUUAUUAGUACUCCGGCAAGGACACCUCUUAGGAUCAUUAAGAACCUUAGAAUCUGCGGUGACUGCCACAAUGCAAUAAAAAUCAUGUCCAAGAUUGUUGGGAGAGAGUUGAUUGUGAGGGAUAACAAGCGCUUUCAUCACUUCAGGGAUGGCAAAUGCUCUUGUGGUGAUUACUGGUAAAGUUAUGGAAAACCCUUCCAUUGAUGUUGUUUGUAAUGUUAGUUGCCGCAUCAAGGAAAAUGUAGUUGCCGAUGUUAUGAAUGGAGAUUUCUUUUGUUUGUUACCACUUCUAUCACAGCUUCAUCAUGGGAUGGAACUCUCAAGCUUGAUUUCAUGACUUCAUAAACUGCAAAACCCAUUGCCGUAGACGGUACAAC